GCAUAAUUAGAGGCGACCAUUGCGUUGUUUUGAAGCAGCAAGACUCGCAGACAGUGCCAUCUUUAACGAGAAAAGUACGGUAUCUAAAAACACUGUUAAGUUUUUGGAUGUAAAAAUCUUUCUCAGGAUGAGUGUGUGUCAAGAACCUAUCAUUUCUUGUUAUAUACUUGGUUUCAUCGUCGAAUUGUUUUUACUUCCUUGCGUAGAUGGAGCUGUAAGAUUUACUCAAGUUCCACCACCUAUCUUGUUUGUUCAUAAUGGAGAAAAUGCAAAAUUUGUCUGGAAUUAUCAUGUCAAUGACCGAGACAGUGAGUUUUUUACAACGUCACCAGAAUGGCUUUACACUAAUAGCAUUAACCAGACUCGUAUUGCUGCUGAAGCCUGGACUUAUGUACAUGCAACUGGGAAAAUGGAAURGAUAUGGACAGUAACGCCAUCAUGUCCAGCAAGACUGAGACAUCGACUCAGCAAGGAAUCUGUUGCUACUCUGGUCAUCUCAAAUGUGAGCACGCUCGAUAAUGGGAACUAUAAUUGCUCACUGAUUUUAACUGGAGGUCAGGUUCAAAUAAAGAGCACAACACAGCUGAUAGUAACAGUGCGUCCUACAUUCUUACCAAGUCACCCAAACAACACAUACCAGAUUAUCGAGGGAAAGGAUUUAAAGAUAAACUGUACAGCUAUUGGUCCACCAACACCAACCAUCACGUGGGUGAAUAUAUCAGAUGGUAGUGUUCAUCCCAAGAGCCAUGGAUCAGGAAGUGCUGUACUGCAGAUAGAUAACAUUAAACGAUACCAUGCUGGAGUAUAUGAGUGUAGGGCCAACAACAACCCAAACGAGACUGCAGCCACUAAGAGGACAAAGGUUUUUACUAAGACACAAAACAAGGCUGAAAAUAUGUUCUCCUAUUUUUUAAUUUUGGUUCAACUUUUCUUAGACAAGCCUACAAUCUCGAAAGAGCUGUCUAGCAGUGAUAAUACUUCUUGGAAUGGCAGACAGAUAACUCUCAAGUGCACCGUCGGUGAUGGAUUACCCACGCCAGGUAUCACUUGGUACAAGCCCAGUGGUCAGAAAAUAACUACUGGUGUCACAGCUAUUGGUAAAGGUAGUCACGUGGUGAUAACAACGACAGAUGGAGCAGACUAUGGAUGGUAUAAAUGUAAAGCCACAAACGUCGCUGGGAGCGUUGAACAUCUUAUCAAUGUGAUUCAGCUGUUCCCACCAGGUGUCCCUAAUGCCACGAUACUAGAACAGGAUAUCAAAGCAUCAUCUGUAACUGUAAGAUGGACCAAACCUGGUUAUGAUGGUGGAAGUCCUGUUAUUGAUUACAAUGUACAAAUCAACAGUACGAAACAAGAACAGAGCACAUCAAACUCUGAGUACGAGUUUACUGGUCUGACUAAGAAUACAAGGUAUGAAGUCAGAGUCUACGCAAGGAAUGUGGUUGGGUAUGGAAAUGCAUCGAUCAUCAACUUUACUACACAGAAAAGAGGUCCACCACCUUUGCCCAGUCUUCAUCUUGUCAAAAAUAAAACUGCCAUAACACUGUCCUGGAUGAAACCCGAUGAAAAUGGUGGUGAAAUAAUAGAUUAUACCAUCUACCAGAAACAAGGUGUAGUAAAACCCUGGGCACGUAUACAUAGUGUCGUACGUGAAUUGUCCAACUUGACGUUUGUUAUACAAGUGAAGGAUCUGGAGCCUGGUCAGACAUAUUGGUUUAUUGUCACGGCAACGAACGAGUAUGGAGAAAGUGAAAUAGGAGAUGACAAGGGCAAAGCAGCGUUUAUUUCGCCGAACCCGGUUACCACAGCAACCCAGGCAUCUACUACAGGACUUGAUGGGCAAUCACUGAAAAAAUCAGACGAACAAGAAAAAUGCGGCGUCACUGCAUUAGCUGUCUGCGCAUCUUUCCUCGCGGUGUCUUUGGUAGUCAUUGUUCUCUUGCUCCUUUACAUUUGGAGGAACAUGAAAAGAAAAGAACCAACCAGAAAUACCAAUACAGAAAGAGUUAACAGAAACAAGGCAGUUGAAGAUCCUGUUUAUGACAAUACGCUAGAAAUGGUCGUAAACAAGACUUCUCACAGCUCGGUGUUACACUCUCCCCCACAGAGCCCUCCACCCAGUGAAUACGAACCGAUAAGAAUUUAUCGUGAUGAUCAUUCAAACGAAAUGACAAGCAGAGUAAGUGGCUAUAGCAGCACCUCUACAGAAACACCAAGGCAUUAUCAAGCACUGUCACAUUCUGAUACAGCUGGAGGUUCAUCGCAUCAAGGUCAAGGUCCAGCUUACGAAUCCCUUCACAGUUCACAGCUUCAACAGCGUGAUGCUCAGCUUGCAAAGAACGUACCAGAAACUACAUACCAGCCACUUGAUGUCAGGCAAAACACUACACAUUACCAAGGCCUGCAGACCUAUAAUAACAUGCAUCAGCUAGAAAACAACAGGAAUAACCAAACCAUUAGAUAAACACACUCUCUAUUGCGCUAGAGCAUACAUGUCCAGAAUAGACGAUCUGAUACCGACGGUAAAAGAUCACUGGGUAUCUGGGUACUGGGUAUCUGGAUCACUUGUGAUCUUCCCCUGAACCCUGAUUAGGUAUCUGGAUCACAUGUGAUAUUCUUCUGAACUCGGAUUGGUUAUCUGGAUCACUUGUGAUCUUCCCCUGAACUCUAAUUGGGUAUCUGGAUCACUUGUGAUCUUCCCCUGAACUCUAAUU